CAGAGGUCAGAGCUGCCGCCUCACAGUGAAAAGGUUAGGGUCGCCUGCUUCCCUGGGAUCUUUCUGGGUGGAGUUUUCACAUUCUGCUCUUGCACAUGUGUGGAUGAAAAUGAGACUGGUUGUUUAUCUCUGUGAUGGACUGGGGACCUGUUUAGGGUACAUCGCCUCUCACACAGUGCCUGCUGGAGAUAGUUACCAGCUGCCCGCCACCCAGAAAGAAGAAGCAAAUAAAGAGAAUGGAUGAAUGGAAGAUGUUUUGACGGGGGUUGCUGUUAAUCAUCUGCUGAUGAAAUGUGUGAGGAGGUUGGAAUUUCUGUCCACAUUUCAAAGACGUUUAUCUGACGAGUGUCUAAAGGAGCUGCGAGUGUCUCUGACACCCGGGAAGCGCCAUGGCAGGGGAUCUUGUAGUCGGAAUACUCUACAACUUAUUACUACCAGUGCUUCUGCUGACGGCUUCUUCAUUCCGCUACAAUGGCCUCUCUGUGGUGUACUUUGUGUUCUUGCUCACGCUGCCAUUGCUGCCGAACCCAAGCCUGGUUACCCUGAAAGGUAAAACAGGUCAGUUCCUGCGUCUGAUCGUCUACACGAGCCUCAUCUUUCUGACCCUGCAGUGUUUCAUGCAGAUCCCCUUUGCCUACAUCCCCCCACAUGUUAGCGGAUUCUGGGAAGAUUUCCUCUACCAUUUGGGAAUUGUGAGAUUCAGUUCGGUUGAUGCUGGGAAUGUUGUGCGUCUCUUGGCCCCAGACGUUGGCCUUUUCUUUUCUAUUUUGUUCAUCCUGAGGCUGUGCAAAAAACGCCUACGCCCCGUGCCUCAGGUCAACCUGCAUGAAAAUGGAGUCCCACCCUCCAUGCCCGAGGAUGUAGAAACGUCUGAAUCGGAAUCAGAGGAGGAAAGCGUCCCGGAGGGCUCGUCUUUUGACAGCUCAGAUGAGACUACGGUUCCAGUUUCUUCCGGGCCUCCCCAGUUUGUCCAGAAACUGAUCCUGUUCGCGGCCGGACUGAGGCUGCUGCUGUCGGCCAUCAUGAACACAGCGGGGAAAGUGGUGGUGACUCUGCUGCUGGGACUGGCAGGUAUCACGCUGCCCUCUCUCACCUCCGGCAUGUAUUUCGGGGUGUUUCUCAGCCUGGUGUGGUGGUGGAUAUUCAGUCGCUCCAUCAGCUUGCUGGUUUUCAGCUCCUUGUGUGUGAUGAUGGCCAUCUUCAGCGGAGGACAUUUGCUGGCUCUUUAUGUGUAUCAGCUACCUCUGUCCCAGCAGCUUGUUCCACCAGACGACAUCUUUGCCAGGUUGUUUGGUAUGACAGGAGUGGUCAGAACCAGCCCUUCACACCCACACCGUCUGGGUCUGCACCCGCACGUCUGCUGGCCCGACUUCAUCAACCCUCUGGUUCUUCUGCUGCUCUACUACACACUGGUGGCUCUGCUGCACAAUUGGGUCCACAUCACAGAGGAGGAUAUUGUUGUCGUUGAUGAGUCUGAGAGCCCUUUAGAAAGUCCAGAAGCUCCUCCAAGCUUCUCCAGGGUCAUCUACAUCUCAGGAGAUAAACAAGAGCUUUUAAGCAGCACAGAUGAUGAAACCUAUUUGCCUGAUGAGCCAAUGAUUUUGAUAACUGGAAUUUCGUGGCAAAACGUCCACAGCAGCAGUCUUGGUUUGCUGGAAGGGGCAGGUUACUCAAACUGUUACACUCCGUCACAUAAUGGAGACAGAGACUCGCCUCCACACGAAUCUGAAAUUGAAGGGAAAAUGGAGGAAAAGAAUGAGGAAGUCUCAAAGAGCCUGACAGAAACCCCACCUUCACCCUCAGGCCCGAGUGGUCUGGUCAUCUUUGGACGGCUGUUGCAAAAACACAGCUACGUCAGCGCCCUCAUCAUCAUGAUGGUGUGGAGUAUCACCUACAACAACUGGCUGACUUUUGUCUUGCUUGUGUGGUCCUGCAUUAUCUGGAUGAUGCGGGAUCGCCGGCGUUACGCCAUGAUGUCGGCCCCUUUCCUCGCCAUCUACGGCACUGUGCUGGUGGUUCUGGGCUUCCUGAGCGGGCUCCGUCUGAGCCGGGCCGAGCUGUACCCGGGCCUGCCCCAGGCUGUGAUCGUGGACUUCGACCUGAACAGCUACCACCCUGCGCCCUGCACCCACCUGGGAGCAAAGGUCUUCUACAGCUUUAACUUCUGGUUGCUGUUUCGUCAGCAGCUGAAGGAGAGGCAGGAGAGGCAGAGCAUGAAGAAUAAAUCUCUAGAAGAAAUCCAAGACAUGCCACAGGAGGAAAGUCAUCAUUCACCUCUGGUGGCGAUGCUGAUCUCAGGUGUAAAAGGGAUUCUGGUGAAAUACUGGAUCCUCUUCUGCUGCUCCAUGUUCUUUGUUGUCAGCUUCUCCGGGAAGGUGGUCGUCUACAAAAUCCUCUACAUCGUUCUUUUCCUCCUGUGUGUUGUUCUGUACCAGAUCCGGUACGAUAUUUGGCGUCGGGUUCUGAAGACGUUCUGGGCGGUGGUGGUGGGUUACUCCAUGGUGGUGUUAAUAACCAUCUACAUGUAUCAGUUUAGAAGUGUUUCUGCACUCUUCAGACAGAUCAUGGGCAUGUCAGAGGAAGGGCUUCGUGACCUGGGUUUGGAAAGGUACGGCACCGUGGAGCUGUUUGCACGUAUUCUGCUUCCUGCUGCGUUCCUGUUGGCCUGUAUCCUCCAGCUUCAUUACUUCAACUCUGACUUCCUGACUCUAACAAACCUGGAUAACGUACCUGUCAGGGAGAUUUCCAGAGAAGAAGAGCUGAAGAGUUCAAUAAAUCUGAUAGCGGACAUCAUUAAAGAAAAUAUUGCAAAGUUACAGCAAAGGCUUGUGAAGGAGCAGGUGGGAAACAGCAAAAGUCAGGAGACUCUGGACUGCAUCGAACAACAAACGUCAUCCCUGAAAGAAGCCGAGGAGCAGGAGGAGGCAACAGAAGAUGAAGCUGUCCCAAUCAGUCGUGAGGAAAAGUGGGGCAUGAUUGUGGACCGGGCGAGUCUGCUCCUCAUUCAGGCCAUCUCCGGACUCCGCAGGCUGCAGGAGCUGAGCUGGAGACUGAUGGAGCUCCACAGCCUCAAAAUAGUGUCUUCUGGCAUCAUCUGGGUGUCACUGCAAGAGGUUUCGCUGAUGAACUUCCUUUUUCUGGUGCUGUGGGUGUUUGCGCUCCCGUUCCCACGAUUACGACCUUUGGUCUCCAGCGUCUCAGCUGUGUGGGCCUGCGUCAUGGUGGUGUGCAAGAUGUUUUACCAGCUCAAAGUGAUCAAACCCUUGGAUUACUCCUCCAACUGCACUGCUGACUUACUGCCCUCCAACAGCUCCGGACUGGACGAUGCAGCAGAACUCAGGGGAAACAUGGUGGAACUGCUCCGGAGGUCUGUUCUCUACAUUGAACCUGUUGACCCCGUCUACUGGUGUGGAGCGCUGAGGAAGUGCGAGGGCAGAAUCCUCCCCUGCCUAAGGAACCAUCUGAUGGUGCUAGGGUUGCUUGUCUUCGAGGCAACCGUCCAUCGCCACCAGCUCUACUUCCGUCUCCGUAACGACCUGAAGCCUCCCCCCUUCAGCAUCAUCUUCCACGGCAUCACAAGGCAGCACCUUGACCACGGCGUCCGGCCCUGCGUCAAAUACUUCAUCAACUUCGGUUUCUACAAAUUUGGACUUGAGAUCAGUUUAAUCGUGGCGGUGAAUGUCAUUGGUCAGAGGAUGGAUUUCUACGCGGUGCUCCACUCCUGUGCCUUGAUGGCUGUCGUGUUUCGGCGACGCAGGAAGGCCAUCGGAGAGGUGUGGCCUAAAUAUUGUUGCUUUACAGCCGGGCUGAUGGUGUUUCAGUACCUGCUGUGCAUCGGCAUCCCUCCUGCUCUCUGUGUUGAUUAUCCCUGGAGAACUGCUGUCCAUCCUUUAACGUCUAACGUUAUCAAGUGGUUUUACCUUCCCGACUUUGCCAUGAGACCCAAUCCAAUGUUCAUCUUCUACGACCACCUCCUGCUGAUCUGCUCGUCUCUGCAGUGGCAGGUGUUCGUGGAGGAGAACCGAGCGGCGGUGCGGCUGCUGGCUGGAGACAACGUUGAGAUCAGCCGCAGCUUGGAUCCGUGUUCCUUCAACCAGUUCAUACCUGUCGACAACUUUCUUCACUGCAGGAGCUACCUGGACAUGGUGAAGGUGUUUGUUUUCAGCUACUUCUUCUGGCUGGUGCUCUGCCUCAUCUUCAUCACUGGCACCACGCGGAUCAACAUCUUCUGCCUGGGAUACCUGGUGGCCUGUUUCUACUUCAUGCUGUUUGGUGGCAACGUGCUGAUGCAGCCGGUCAGGUACAUCCUGCGCCUGUGGGACUGGCUCAUCGGCUACACCUGCUUUGUGAUCGCCAUGAAGAACCUCCUGUCCCUUGGUUCUUGCGGUUACCUGGACAGCCUGUUGAAGAACAGCUGCUGGCUGAUUCAGGCCUUUAGCAUGUUCUGCACCAUCAAAGGCUACGAUGUCCCGGCGCCGGUCGAUGAGUGUGAGCUGCCGGAAGGUGAAGCCGGCAUCGUCUGGGAUGCGAUCUGUUUCACCGUCCUGCUGGCACAAAGGAGGGUCUUCCUGAGCUACUAUUUCCUCUACGUGGUGUCUGACCUCAAGUCCUCAAAGAUUUUAGCCUCGAGGGGGGCUGAGCUGUUUGAGGCCAAAGUGAAGAAGCAGAUAGCAGCCAGACUGGAGUUGGAGAAGAAAUCAGUCGAGACGCUGAAGAGACAGAUGGAGAAGAUAAAAUCUAAGCAGAGGAGUCCUCAGACGGCUUCAGACAAAGCAGAACUUCCUGCGGAUCGGGCACCACUGGAUGAUAAAGAUGAUGAUGAAAAGGCAAAGAGAGAUGCAGGAAAGUGGUGGAAGCCUUGGGUUUCUCAGCCCGGAGUGGAAAACAACUGUGGCUACCACCUGUUUGAGAGUGACAGUGAGGAGGAGGAAGAGGAGGUUACAGAGAAGAAAGAGGAAGAACAACCACCAAAGAAGAAAUCAGCUUUUCAGUUGGCCUACAACGCCUGGGUCACCAGCUCGAAAACUGCUCUGAAGGACCUGAAGAAAGAGAAGAAAACCUUUAAGAAACAGGAGAAGAAACGGGCAAAAAGAGAGCUGCAGAAGCAGCAGGGCAUUGAAAGAACCGAUUCGAGCGAGGACGAACUGGAAGAAAGUGUUGUGGAGGAAGAGGGAGAGGAGGAAAGAGAAAACAUCCUGCAGCGCAUCGUCAGCACGAUCAAGUUCAGCUGGGUGUUUCUUCAGUCUCUUCUUGACGACCUGACCGACGGGCUGAACUCCUUCUGCAAAGACAGCCUGGACAUUUCCAAAGUGCUGCGGUUCGAGCGAGCGUUACUCAACCAGCAGCAAAAAAAGGGUAAAGAGGUGAGUCAGGAGAGCGUGAAGCAGUUUUAUGAGACCUGGAUCUCCCGUCAGAAUACGCUGUCGUCUCAGGAGGGUUUAGAUACCCUGCCUCCCCCUCUCACCCCGCCCGACGCCCCCACCUCACGACACGUCUACGGCAGGCUGAAGAGCCAAGCCUCCAAAAUGUCCUGGGGCAGCAGCUUUUCCAGCUGCAUGACAGACGAGACGCUGCUGGUGUCCAGGCAGCCGACGCAGGAGGAGCUGGACGACACUCCAGACGAAUCGCCUGCUGCUUCCCAGCUUCGACGACGACUCCUGAAAGAAGCCAACGUGGACCUGACCUCCUUCGAGGUGGAUUACCCUCCACAGAGCUAUGAAGAUGUGACCACUCAAAAAGAAGACAUUGAUUAUGAGGUAGACAGUAAACAGGAAGAUGACGUUGACCAGGAGGAAGAUGUUGACCAGGAGGAGGAUGUUGACCAGGAGGAGGAUGUUGACCAGGAGGAGGAUGUUGACCAGGAGGAGGAUGUUGACCAGGAGGAAGCUGUUGACCAGGAGGAAGAUGUCGACAGGGAUCUAGAGGAUGAGAGAAAAUCUGAGCAGGACGAAAAGGAAGCCAUUAAAGUCGACCAUCAUGAGGAUCCAGAGUUUAAAGCAUCAGAGCUGGAUGAAGAGCUCCAGCGAAGUGAAGAAGAUGAAGAGUUCCAGCGAAGUGAAGAGGAUGAAGAGUCCAAACAUGCAACGUGUUUCUCACCGAAUCACCAGAAGAGCGAUGGAGAGAAGAGUCUGAUCCUCCCAGAGUCUCCCAGACCUCUGAGUCAGGAAACAAGAAACCUGACAGCCAGCGAGCUGCUGCUCAACAACAUGUUUGUGAGUGACGAGAUCUCUGAGUCCGAUAAGUUUUACACCACGUUGCCGAGGCCCCUGAAGCUGCUCUUUGCCCUCUACAACAUGAUGGUGUCCAAGUCUGAGAUGCUGUGUUACUUUGUCAUCAUCCUGAACCACAUCGUGUCGGCUUCGUUCCUCUCCCUCAUCCUGCCCAUCCUGAUAUUCCUCUGGGCCAUGCUGUCUGUGCCGCGGCCCACCAAACGCUUCUGGAUGACCGCCAUCAUCUACACUGAGCUGACUGUUGUAGUGAAGUACUUUUUCCAGUUUGGUUUCUUUCCUUGGACCACCUCUGCUUACCGAGGCAUCAACGCUGACCGGCCCUUUGCCCUUCCCAACAUCAUCGGCGUGGAGAAGAAAGAUGGCUACGUCCUCUUCGAUCUCAUUCAGCUGCUUGCUCUUUUCUUCCACCGGUCCAUUCUGAAGUGCCACGGGCUGUGGGACAACAAGGAGGUCGAGAUGCCUGAUUUCUUCAAGAAGCUGAAGAAAAAAGUGGACAAGAAGAAGAUGACCGGGGCUGACAAGGCGGGCAGCAAAGAAAAACCGUCCCGCCGACUGAAGUUCCUCCCCUUCCAGGCCUCCACCACCUCCUUAUUCUGCAGACAGAAACGAAACGACUCUUCAGAAUCUGAUGAGGUGAAGCCGAAGAGGCAGCACAGCAAGAAAAAGAGACGGCAGCGACACGCGACUCCGCUGACGAGGAAGCAGAGGAUCAGGCAGCAGAUCAGGGAGAGGAUGCUGCAAAUCAAAGCUACCAUUAUAGAAGUAGCGCUUCACAUCUAUUUGCCCAUAAGACAGUUUUUUUACGACAUAAUCCACCCAGAUUACAGUCCCGUGUGCGACGUCUACGCUCUCAUGUUUCUUGUUGAUGUGGUCAACUUCAUCGUUACCAUAUAUGGAUACUGGGCUUUCGGGAAAUACUCUGCAGCAGCGGACAUCUCAGAGUCUCUGUCUGAAGACCAGGUCCCAGAGGCCUUUCUGGUCAUGCUGCUCAUGCAGUUUGGCACCAUGAUCGUUGACCGUGCGCUCUAUCUGCAGAAGUCUCUGCUAGGAAAGUGUGUUUUCCAGGUUGUGUUGGUGUUUGGCAUUCACUUUUGGAUGUUCUUCAUUCUCCCCGGAGUCACUGAGAGGAGGUUCAACAGGAACCCAGUGGCUCAGCUGUGGUACUUUGUGAAGUGCAUCUACUUCGGUCUCUCUGCCUACCAGAUCAAGUGCGGCUACCCAAACCGCAUCCUGGGCAACUUCCUCACCAAGAACUUUAACUACCUGAACCUCUUCCUCUUCCAGGGUUUUCGGAUGGUUCCGUUCCUGACAGAGCUGCGGGCGGUGAUGGACUGGGUUUGGACCGACACCACGCUGUCUCUCUCCAGUUGGAUUUGUGUUGAAGACAUUUAUGCCAACAUAUUUGUCCUCAAGUGCUGGAGGGAGUCUGAAAAGAAAUACCCCCACCCUCCAGGG